GUUGAAGAAGUUGCUCUUGUAGCCAUCAGCCUGCGGCGAGACAGUCAGUCAGUCAGUCCAUCGACUUGAACUGGACCUCUUUCCGCUGGGUUGUAGAAAUUCUGUGAGCAUCCACUCUGGGUGAAAGUGAUCAUGGAGGAUUCGUCAGACCAGUCCCAUUGGGCGUCUCCCACCUUGCUCAGCUCCGACCCCCUCGCCGGCUUCCCCUCUGACCCGGGCCUGUUGACCGCUGGGGAAGAAGGAGAGGCCUUUUUCUCAGCCGCAGACGCCGAUUACGCCGGGCUGUCCUCGUUCUUCCCCAACCCGAGCCACAGCCGAGCGCCGUCCAGCUACAGACACAGCUCCGUCCGGCAGGUGUACACCUCCCCAGGCCUCCUCAGUAACCUCCAGCUCCUGGACGGGCCCCCGAGCCACCCGCUGAGCUCGCCCUACAGCCCCGCGGCCUCCACCUGGAGCAGCAGCCCGCUCACCAAGACGCCGCUGCACUCGCACACCCCGACCUCCCUCUACUCCCCCGGGAUGGCCUCCUCCUUCACCGCCUCCAGGGACGGAUACCCUUCCCCCGGAAGGGAGGGCCGGGAGAGCCCCCGUCUCCAGGAGGCCCUCAAAGCGGAGCGUCUGAGCCCUCUGGGCGGCUCGGGUGCCAGCAGCAACUUCCUGAACCUGACCCCCGCUGCCGGGAGCAUGUACACCCCCUCGUCGCACUCGCACCCCCACAUGCUGAGCCCGUACAGCUCGUACAUGAGCGGGCCGCAGGACUACGGCUCGCCGGCCUUCUACUCCAGCGCCGGCGCCUGGAUCAGCCCGUCCUACUCCCCGAAGCUCCGCAACAAGCUGAGGCCGACCACUCCAGAGGCCCGAGAGUGUGUGAACUGCGGAGCCACCGCGACGCCCCUGUGGCGCCGGGACGGUACCGGACACUACCUGUGCAACGCCUGCGGACUGUACCACAAGAUGAACGGCCAGAACCGACCUCUGAUCCGGCCCAAGAAGAGACUGAUCGUGAGCAAGCGCGCGGGUACCGUGUGCGCCAACUGUCACACCAGCACGACGACGCUGUGGCGGCGCAACGCCAGCGGGGAGCCCGUGUGCAACGCCUGCGGACUCUACUUCAAACUGCACAAUGUCAACCGACCGCUCACCAUGAAGAAAGAAGGCAUCCAGACCCGCAACCGGAAAGUCUCCAACAAGAACAAGAAGAGCAAGAAGGCCGCCAUGUUGGAGCCGUACUUGGACGCGGUCCAGCCGCCUCCCCUGGACGACAACGGCGGGCCCUUUUCCCUCGGCCCCGGGACUCUGCUGACCUACAGCCACACGCCGCACCUCCUGCCCACCCCGACCCCGCUGCACCCUUCCGCCGGCCUGCCCUACGCGCACCACCUCAACUCUGGCAUGGUGCCCACUCUGGUGUGACCCUGCAGCAGCUGCAGCGCGUGCUUCCUCCUUCGUCUAAUGUAGGAUUUGUACAUAAAUUAUGAUUUGUUUAUUAUUUUUUCCACUGUAUUUUUUUUUUAAAUUUUUUUAUUGCAUCUGUCGUUGACAUAUUUUGACGUGCGAGGCCAGAUAAAAAUCCCUCCACAGAGCUUGCUGCACAUGUAAACACACUGAUGACAGAUUUGCUCCUUCUGUAAAUACAAAACAAGCGUCUGAUUUACUGCCAGCGUCUGCUUCGGGCUAAAUAAUGUGAAGUUACACAGGAGUUUUAAUGUUCACGGCUCUCUGUUAUGUAUUUGCAUACAUGAUCUAACCGCACUAAAGCUGCAGAGAGAAGAAUAAAAUGUUUGACUUUAUAUGCUUGACUGGCGAGGGGUUUUGUUUUAGGUCAUUUGAAUCCUCAGCAGCUCUGUGGCCUGGCCAAAGCGCUGCCUCCUGUGUGCAGGCAUUGUCCUCCUCCACGCAGACAUAGUGGUGCCUUUGUGCGGCCACCGAUCCACUUUGACAGUGUAAUUGUACAAAGUCGCUAUGCAAAUACCCCCUGCCCCACACCUACCUUUUCCGCAGAAGUGACAAACACUCAACUAAAGUGCAACACUUACACCUGGUUUGAUGCUUCUGCCAGUUUUUGCCCGUUGAGGAACAACUGGGCGUCUGUCUCACCGACACGCAUUGAAGGCCAUGUUUUUAUGUUCACUAACUCGUGUGAAACCUUUUUCCAUUUUCCGUUCUUAUUUGCCCUGCUUGUAUCCAGAGAUCAGACACGAUGGUAGCAAGAGGUAAUACUCUUGUGUCAAGCUGAAAGUGCUGAGUAAUGAAAGCAUUUUAGAGAAAUAACCAGGGUAUUCUUGAGUCACGCUGUGUCAGCGUUCCAGUCCAGGGAUUUUCUACUUCUUUCUUCCUCAUUCUGAUUUUCACACACUUAGCAGGUAAGCAAAUAUCAGCACAUUCUUGCUGCGUAAACCAAAUGAACACAUCUGUCUUCAGCUGUUUGUUGUUUUCUGACUUCUGGGGGGGAAUAACCUCCAAAUUCCCCGAAGAAAUGCCUUAAAGGGGCGGUAGCCCAGGGCCCCAAUUUAUAUAUAUAUAUAUAUUUGGGGGGGGGGGGGUAUCAAGACUUAUUUUUUACCCUGUUUUUUUUCAGCGAAUAUAUGUUUUGCUUUGUACUUUAUAUAAAACAUAUAGGACCAUAUAAAUUAAAUUGUAUGAAAAUGAUUUUUAUGAAAAUAAACAAUACUCAAGUUUUU